UCACCCAAGCAGAGAGGCUCUGAGAGGUCAGUCUCUUGGCCGAGAGACUCCAACCAGCCAGAGGCGAGCCUGGGAUUCCAGGCCCUCCCACGCUCUGUCUGCGGAGGGGCGGCCGCUGCUCUCUGGCGCCCCCAAUUGGCCGUGGAGGAACUGGGGACCCGCACACCCACUCGUGUCCCAGCCCCCGUCGUCCGGGAGAGAGCCGGCCUAGCCAGAGCGCCUCGGCACCCCUGCGGAGCCCACAGUCGGGGUCCUCCGGCCUAGCCCUGCGCGGCGCUCCUGCGGUUCCGGGCUCCGGGCUCGGGUACCGGGCGGGAGCCAGUCAGAGCCUCGGGCCCUCGCGCCGCGCGGUCCUUUCCAGCCCCCGCGUUCCCGCCUCUGCCCUCGGGGCGAGACGCGGAGUGACCGUGGCCGUGGCGGGAGCCCUCGUCGCGGCGCAGCGGCCGGCCUGGGAAGGGUGCACGGGAGCAUCGUGCCCGAGCAGUGCUGCGGUCCAGCGCGGAAGGGGUGUCGCCUGCAGGUCACCCAGAGGACACCGGGAGGGGAAUUCCUGGGGUGGGAGUGAGGCGAGGUGGGCGACGUGGAGGCAGGGGAGGGUAGACGUUGGGUAGGACGCAUUGCUCGGUCCUGCGGCCUGACCUUCCGGGGCCACCAAAGGGGUGCGGGAGAGGCGGGGAGCGCGCCCAGGGCGCGACCCCUCCGCACGCCUGCUGCCGGUUCUCCCCGCCCCGGGCGCUCCAGACCCCAGCCCGGGCCUAGGUGGUCCCCGCCCCACGACCGCUGGACGCCCCGUCGGGGCGGGGCGGGGCGGGGUAGACGGGAGGGAGCCGCGCGCGGGCAGAGGGGACGCGCGGGCUCCGCGGCCGGCUCCCCGCACCGUGCACGCGCCGCCACCUUCCUGAGCUUUUCCAGAAGAUGUCGGGAGCCAUCUUCGUGCCCCUGGAGGGCCUGGGGGCCCCGGACGCCGCGAGCGGCCACCCGCUGGUGUGCCCGCUGUGCCACGCACAGUUCGAGCGCCCGUGCCUGCUGGACUGCUUCCACGACUUUUGUGCCGGCUGCCUGCGGGGCCGCGCCACCGACGGCCGCCUCGCCUGCCCGCUGUGCCAACACCAGACGGUGGUGAAGGGCCCCAGCGGGCUCCCUCCUGUGGAUCGGCUGCUGCAGUUCCUGGUGGACAGCUCAGGGGAUGGCAUGGAGGUGGUGCAGUGUGCCAACUGUGACCUGGAGUGCGGCAAGCAGGACGCAGAGACCACGUACUUCUGCAACACGUGUGGGCAGCCGCUGUGCGCACGCUGCCGCGAUGAGACGCACCGGGCACGCAUGUUCGCGCGCCACGACAUCGUGGCCCUGGGCCAGCGCAGCCGCGACGUGCUCCAGAAGUGCACGCUGCACGCCGAGCCCUACAUCAUGUUCUCCACCGACAAGAAGUCGCUGCUGUGCAUCCGCUGCUUCCGGGACAUGCAGGGGGAGAGCCGGGCGCACUGCGUGGACCUCGAGUCAGCCUACGUGCAGGGCUGCGAGCGGCUGGAGCAGGCGGUGCUGGCCGUGAAGGCCCUGCAGACGGCCACACGGGAGGCCAUCGCGCAGCUGCAGGCGAUGGUGGAGGAGGUGCGGCGCAGCGCGGCGGAGGAGGAGGCCGCCAUUCAUGCCCUCUUCGGCAGCAUGCAGGACAAACUGGCGGAGAGGAAAGCGCUCUUGCUGCAGGCGGUGCAGAGCCAAUACGAAGAGAAGGACAAGGCCUUCAAGGAGCAGCUCUCCCACCUGGCCACUCUCUUGCCCACCCUGCAGGUUCACCUGGUCAACUGUUCAUCCUUCCUCAGCCUGGCCAAUAAGGCUGAGUUCCUGGACCUGGGCUAUGAGCUGUUGGAGAGGCUGCAGGGCAUCGUCACGCGGCCGCAGCGCCUCCGGCCAGCGCAGAAUAGCAAGAUCGCCAGCGACUACCGCGCCGAGUUCGCGCGCUGCCUGGAGCCGCUGCUGCUGCUGGGGCCGCGCCGGGCGCCGGGGGUCGGGGCCGCCCCCAACACGCUAGCAGCGAGCUCAGGCCCCAACGUGCUGAUGGGGCCCAGCUGCCCUUCCCCAGCGGGAAAGAUGCUGGGGUCACUAAUCCAAAAGCCCACGCUGCACCGGUCCAUCAGCACCAAGGUGCUGCUGGCCGAGGGUGAGGAUACACCCUUUGUGGAGCACUGCCGCCACUAUGAGGACUCCUACCGGCGCCUGCAGGCAGAGAUGCAGAACUUGAAGGACCAGGUACAGGAACUGCACCGGGACCUCACCAAACACCACUCGCUCAUCAAGGCGGAGAUCAUGGGAGACAUCCUGCACAAGUCCGCACAGGUGGACGCGCAGAUCGCCUUGGAGUACGCCUCCCUGGAGGGGAUGAGAGCGGUCUUCCAGGAGAUUUGGGAGGAAUCCUACCAGCGGGUAGCUAACGAGCAGCAGAUCUACGAAGCCCAGCUCCGUGACCUUCUCCAGCUGAAGCAGGAGAAUGCCUACCUGACCAGCAUCACCAAGCAGAUCACGCCCUACGUCCGCUCCAUUGCCAAGGUGAAGGAGCGACUGGAGCCCAGGCUUCAGGUGCCCGCGGGGGAACAGCUGGACCACCUACAGAACACACACGAGGAGGACGUCAGUGCUGAGACCCAGGCCAGGAAUGACCCGGUGAGUGUCGCAGAGAAGAGAGAGAAGACGUCAGAACCCAGAGGAACAGCCGGACUCCAAACAGCCUCAAAGAAGAGCCUCCACUGAAAAACAAAGACCCUCACAGACCCAAACCGAAAAACGGGGGCGAGGGCCCAACACAGAGAGAGCGCCCGACUGAGCAAACGGGACUGGUCCGGAGGGGUGGGCAUUUCACAGCACGCAGGUCAAGACUGGGAUAUUUAAGAAAGGUUAUUCCCACCAGGUAUGUCAUAAGGGGUAAUCACCAAUCAGCGGAGAAACCCAGACACUC